CGUAGACGGACGUCUUGCGGCGCUGCUUAGCCUUCUUGGGCUUCCGCCUCCUGAUCAUUGAGGCAACAAGGAACGCGUUGACCAGCGACGAGAGGAAAGCUUUGGCCAGGAAAGAGAGCGCUGUCUCGCUGGAAGAUGUCAUUCGCGAUGCAUCGGAAUCGGACGAGGCCUUUGCUGCCCGCUACCCUGAGGGCGUCAAUUUCAAGCGGGUGGACCUCCAGCAGCAGUUUAAGCGCAUUCCGUAUCGCGUACAUAAGGUCAUUGGUAUGAUCCCGGAUGAUCUGCAACGGAUGCUCAAGGCAGCCAUCAGCAGCUUUGAUGAAGCAGCUGUGAAGGCCGCGUUGAGGAGGGUUGGCGCCAUGUGCGCAGCCCCAACGAUUGACAGCAACCUCAAGCAGCAGCGCGCAGACCUGUGGCGGCCGCUUCCGCCAAGCGUGGUGGGGAAGAUUGCCAGAGACAUGGCAGCGCCCCGCAGCCAGGCUUCAACCUCAUCGUCCCGGUCUUCGAGCUGUAAGUUUGAAAUCACGGAUGAGGAGAGAGCGAUUGUUAUGAACGACCGGCUGUUUGGCGAAGUGGAUGCACGCGUGUUCCGUGCCACGAAGAGGAUCAAGGACGAGUUGACCGCCAGCAUCGCCUCCUGCACCGAAACAUGGCCCAGGCUGGAUACGGACUACGAAAGCCUCUUCCUGACGGAAUUCAGCCACUACCUGCAGCGCUACUGCGGUCAGCGCGAGUGGACACGCACUCUGCACUUCUUCACGCAGGCGCCAUUCAAAGACAAUCCAGCUUAUGCCGUGGACCUGUGCGUGACCAAUGGCAGCGGAGACCCUUAUGUCUUCAAUCUCAUCUUCGAGAUCAAGAAAAGUGGCCUCCCGCUCGACAAAGUGGAGGCCAUGACUCAGCUUGACGAGUGUGCAGCCCAUGCAAUAAAGGCGCUCCCACGCCGCGUUGUUGGGCUGCCCUUCCCCUUUGGCAUCACCGUCACUGGCUACACCGUCAGUGUCUUCGCAUAUGUCUUGACCCACGACCACCAGGACCUGGAAAAGAUUUAUCGCAUCCCGCUUCUCAAAGACGCGGAGAUUGAGACCAUGCCGGCCAUCCUUGACGUCCUGCUGAGCAAGGACCGCAUCGCCUAUUUCCAGGCCCUAUCCCGCCACAUGGACGGCAAGAGCUCCGACAACGCCAGCGACACCGGCGACGCCGGCGACGCCACGCAUCAGCUGGCACCGCUGCAUCUGGACGAUGGCGAUGGCGAUGGUGAUGGCGAUGGUGAUGGCGAUGGUGAUGGCGAUGGUGAUGGCGCGGACGCGUAUGCGUGCCCACCGCUGUACGGCGUUGCGAAGAAGGACUGGCCGUGCGAGGAUCGCGCUCUAGCCGAGCAUCGUCUGUUCGUCACCGGAUUCUACGCGCCGCUGCCCAACGUGCGCAUCUUCAACAGCCGCGUGCUGAAGGAGGUGCCAGAACGCGAUGCAGACAACAUCCUGAACGCCUGGAAGACUGCCCAUCCAGGGUGCGACGUAGCGGCGACGGUGCGCGUGCCGCAGUCCGAGCAUUAUUACUUCUGUGACAUGUCCCGACGGAAGCGCGUACUCGAGCUUCCAUUCUUGGGCAGCAUGUGGGUGGACCAGCGGCCAACGCGGGUUGAGCAGAUUGACGAGCCUGUGCAACAGCUGCUGCGCCUGCUGCGCGCUGGGCUGUGCCACACGGAUGUCCGGUGUGAGAACCUGACGAUUGGUCCGGAUGGGCGCACCAGCAUCAUCGACUAUGACAUGUGUCAGGACCUGGGCACGGAUCUGCCCUCCGGCCUCAUCACGGACUACCUGGAGAGGCCAGCGCGCGUGUUUGUUAAUGGGUCGUUCGGAGAGAGGGAGGCAGGCGAUGAUUUCGAGUCCCUUAUCCUCUCGUGGGCACGCGCGCAAGCAACCACCCCAGGUAUCUUCGGCUGCGAGUUUGCGGAGGAGUUUUUCUGUGCGCGGGAACGUGUUGUUGAGCUGCUGACGGAGGAGCGGGAGCGACUGUUGGCGGAGGGGGCCGACGAUGCGAUUGUGCAACGUGUCGACGCCGCCAUCCACAGGUGCGAGAGGGCCACACUGUUUGCCUGAUGGUCGCACUGAGCGGUGAUGUUCGAUGGUGAUUGAUGGCGGUAGUGGUGAUGGUGGUGACAUGAUGUGACUUUUUGAUGGUGAUCGCGGUGGUGGGUGGUGGUGUUUGUUUGUGGUGAAUGAUGCUUUUUCCUUGUGGUGGCGGUGGUGAUGGUCGUGAUUUGAUGGUGAUUGCGUUUGGUUUGUGGUGAAU